AUGCCUGACGAAGCUAUAGUUAAUUUAAAUUAUUGCAUUAAGACUAGCUUAAAACGUGGGAAAAUAGCAGCAACUGCAGCAGCAGCAGCAACAGCAGCAGCAGUAGUAGUAGUAGUAGCGGUAGCAGUAGCAGCAGCAGCAGCAGCAGUAGCAGUAGUAGUAGUAGUAGCAGCAGCAGCAGUAGUAGUAGUAGUAGUAGCAGCAGCAGUAGUAGUAGUAGGAGGAUGA